CCCUUGGGCCGGGAGGUUUAAGCAGAUGCUGAGCUGUGGAUAAACUGAGAGCGGGAGAACUGCAUUUAGAGCUGGAGUACAGUGCUGAAAUAUUAUUCAGUUACUGAGCUGAGCAGAAAAGUAAUGGCUUCAAAUUUUAAUGACAUUGUCAAGCAGGGAUAUGUGAAGAUUCGUAGCAGACGUUUAGGGAUUUACCAGAGGUGCUGGCUUGUGCUAAAGAAAGCAUCCAGUAAAGGUCCCAAACGACUGGAGAAGUUUUCAGAUGAACGAGCUGCCUAUUUCCGAUGCUAUCAUAAGGUAACAGACCUCAGCAAAUAUAAAGAAUGUGACAAGAAUACCAAAGGCACUAAGAGGCAUGCAGUACUAAUCAAUUUUCAGGAUGAUACAUCAAAAACCUUUGCAGGUGAAUCAGAGCUUGAGGCAGAGGAAUGGUGUAAACUCCUACGUAUGGAGUGUCUGGGAAGCAGAGUCAAUGACAUUACUGGGGAGCCUGAUUUGUUGACUGCUGGAGUUCAAAGAGAGCAAACAGAAAGGUUCAAUGUAUAUUUGAUGCCAUCUCCUAACCUGGAUGUACACGGGGAAUGCACAUUACAAAUAACGUAUGAAAACAUCUGUCUUUGGGACAUCCACAAUCCUAGACUAAAGCUGGUCUUGCCUCUUAGUGCCCUCAGGCGAUAUGGACGGGACCCCACAUGGUUUACAUUUGAAGCAGGCAGAAUGUGUGACACAGGAGAAGGACUAUUUACUUUUCAAACGAGAGAAGGUGAGGCAAUUUAUCAGAAAGUUCACUCCGCUGCACUGGCCAUUGCUGAACAACAUGAGCAAAUGCUACAGAGGGAGAAAAACUCACGGCAUCAGAUCAAAGGGAAUGAAAGGACAGCUUCGCUGGGCACAAUAAUGCCUCUUCCUCGUAGUGCCUACUGGCAACAUAUUGCAAGACAGCACAGCGUAAACCAGCUUCACAUCUUUGAAGAUGACUCUUAUCCAGUGAGGAUUCCACGUGCAGAAACCAUCCCCAGUUACAGCUCCCAGCAUUGACAAAAACUUCCAAAGUGUGGAACAUUUUCUGAUGGCUUUGCUUCGAACUGUGGCACUAAAUAUGCCCAAAGAAACAAGCAGGAGGAUUUCUGGGCAAAACAGAUUGGUGUUUUGAAUGAUAUUUGCAAUAUCUUUUCUUUUGUAAAUCCACACUUCCUCUUCAAGAGUCGGGGUAACUAAACAAGGCUGAAUGAUUGAACUAAAUAUGUACUGAAAGGAAAGGAUGCUUUUACAAAAGCAGAUUUUAGCUCAUGUUCCAGGAUGUACUAUAUAAUUUCUGAAACAAAAUUUUUUUUUGUUAAACACUUAAUUUCAAGAAAGUGCUGUUGUUGGGUGUCAAAUUCAGUAUAAAAAUUAGCUGCAUUUUCUUAAUUAACAACCAGUUAAACCCAAGAUAUUGUAUGGGCCCGUGUUUAAUUAUUAAGGUGCUAAUUACAGAAGACUGCAGAUUUUUGUUCAAUAACUCACAGUUUUAGACUUCAGUAAAGUGCAAUGUAUAAUUUUACUGAGCUUUUUCAUAUCUGUGUGAGGGCUAUAAACUGCUCUGCCAUACAGCAGUAUUGUUCUGGCAUUUCUAAACAAAUGUUUUCUUUUAUUUGCAGCACAAUACAAUAACCAAUCCAGCAAUGGAAACUCAUUUAGAGAAAUAAUUCUUGAGGUUCAUGACUUUAUCAGGUAAAUGGAAUGUUUGUAAAUUGCAGAAAGAAAUGUGCGAAAGCAUUUUCUUUUGCAUUUGACUGCAACCUUGGGUGAUUACAAGAAAAUUCUUCUGCAAUUGGAUCUUGUUGGUUUAUAUAUUUUUGUUUUCAAUCAUUAUCUGGGCAAUUGACAUGGGUGUUUGUUGAGAUGAGGCAUAGAGUGCUGUAUGUAAUUCAGAUUAAGGGUAGAAAUAUUCUGAAGGUGGCAGCCAUGUCGAAUGGAUGACGAAGUAAACUGUUGCUGUUUACACAACAUACAUGAAUAAUUAUUCAUUCUGAAACUGGAUUUGUUUCCAGAAGAACAAGAGGUGAAAUCAGAGGUGUAACAAGUGUCAUUGUUUGUUGUCCUAACAAAAGCUGCAGAUAGUGGAAAUAUGAAAUUAGAAUAUUCUGUGUAUGCACAGCACGUCAGAUAGCAUCUGAGGAGGAAGGUCAUCUCAAUGUUUGGAUGACAGUCAUUUUUUUAAAAAUUUGGUUUAGUAAUUUAUGUAUAUAAUUUUUUUCCUAUGAUUUUUCCCAUGACAUAUCAGAGAGUCCUAAAACUGAAUAGAAUUAAAAAUCAAAUUAUCAGCAACUACAAAUGGAAUAAGUUGCAUUUUUGUAUGUUUAAAGAACUGAAUGAAUAUUAUGUUCUGUGGGAUUAAUUAUAUAAUUAUUACAAGUUUUCAUUAACUAACAUUUCUGCCACCCAGCAUAAUAGUUUGUGGCUAAUAGUUUCAUCUAUAAUUACAGUAUAUUUUAAACAUUUUACAAAUAAAUAGUACAAUGGCAUUGAUAUGGAUGAAGUGAACAUACAAGUAACCACCAUAAAUGUUGGUUGUUUUGUCACUGGUUUAUUUUUGAACCUCAUGAAGAAUGAAUUAUUCUGGUUCCUAACUUCUAGAUAUAUUCUAAUUUUAAAGUUUUUCAUUAUUAAUUUCCAGUCGGUCUAGCUAUGUAUGUGUUAACCUCAUUCAAUCAAAUUCUUUCUGCUGAGAUCAUUGCUCAAAGUUCAAUGCCAGCCCUACCAUUGUGCAAGUGGAAAUUUCAUUUCUAGUUGAUGAGUCCAGAGUGAAUAAUCCUAUAUUAUCUUCUCAGGAUGACACUGUACUAAUUUUGGUGUUCAUUUGUAACCUGCCCAAUCUGUUGAAUGGCUGAUUAGUACUUGCCUGUUUAUCACUUCAUAUGUUAGGCUCAACAGUACCAUCUAGAAUCUCAUCUGCAGGCAGUAGCACCGAAUGGUCAUGUCAGUACAUUAUAUUCUUCCUCCAAAAUCCGUUCCAUUGUCAGUUUGACUUUCAGAGGUAGAAGAAUGGAAUGACUUGACUAGAUAAUGUGUGGAACACAAUUUCUUGGCUUACUUCCUCUUAACUGGUUUAUGGCACAGCUGACAUUUAAGACACUCUUUAACAGUUAAUAUAGGUUCUAGAAUGAGAUCUAAUUACCCAACAAUCAGAGAAGAACUGAUAUUGGAUAGAUUUAAUGGCCAAUCCUGUGCUUUUCUUCCAAUGAUCACUGAUUAGAAUAGACAUCCAGCUAAACCAGUUAUGAGAGGUAAAAUGGUCCACAUUAGGCAUCCACGGAAUAUUCUGCAUGAAUUAUCAAUGCCAAUCAUAAGCUGGAAAGAAUGCAACAAAGAUUUACGAGAAUGUUGCCAGGACUCAAGGGCCUGAGCUAUCGGGAGAGGUUGGGCAGACUGAGACUUUAUUCCUUUAGCGUGGAAGUCUGAGGGACGAUCCUAUCGAGGUGUGUAAAAUCAUGAGGGGCAGAGAUAGCAUGAAUGCACACCAGGGAAAGGGAACCAAAAACUAGCAGGCAUAAGUUUGUGAAAGGUGAAAGAUUUUAAAAGGGACCUGAGGGGGAACUUAUUCUCACAGUGUGUGGUGCAUAUAUGGAACGAGCUAGCAGAGAAAGUAGUUGAGGCAGGUACACUAACAAUAUUUAAGAGUCAUUUGGAUAAGUUCAUGGGUAGGAAGGUUUAGAGGGAUAUGGGCCAAAUACGGGCAAAUGGGACUAGCUUAGAUGAUCACUUUGGCUGGCAUAGACGAGUUGAGCAGAAGGGCCUGUUUCCAUGCUGUAUUACUCUAUGUCUCUAUAUCUCUGCAAAUAGCUUACUUCUCUGUUAAACACAAUUAGUAAUUAGUAAUGAAAGAUUGUUACAUCCUACAAAAAAUCAUGUCAUAUGUGAUUCUUAUGAAAAGUCUGGCAGCAGUUUCCUGGCCUUGAUUGUUCCUGAAACAGAAUAGUUUAAGAUGGCUCUUCCAUUCAUGUAUGUGGGACAACACAUGUCCGAACUUCCAGCUUGCAGCCAUGCUGUCUAUAUAAGCAACUGACUAAACGAAUGACACUUGAAGCAACAGCCCCUACAUUUGCCUAGCUAUCUAAGGAUGGAGAGAGUUUGGCUCAGAUUUUCAGCCACCUGGUUAUUCACUGAAUUGUCUUCAUUGAAGACAUUAAUGUGCAGGGAGCAAACUGAACCCUUCCACUAUUUGUUGAGUGAGUUCAGUCAUAAUGAGAUACAGCCUCAGAGAAGACUUUCAGUUGCUCAGUGUCUCUGCUAUUUUUGCUAUUGUGUGUGAUUGACCUUGCUAGAUCAUUGUGUCCUCAUAACUUUAGUGUUCUCCCAUUUUUAGUCCUACAAUCCCUUCCCUAGAUAGUCAUUGGUCAGUGUUACUUAAAAGCUUCAUUCAACUUCUGUUGAGACACUGUAUCCAUAUUCUUCAUUUAUCCAUGCACCAGCUGAACUCAUUGUUGUGUAGACUCAUCUGCAAACUGGAUGCUGAUUACUGCCUGUGACAGAUUACUCUGCAGUAACAGAACUUAAGCCCUGGAGAGUUUGUGGCUACAGUCUCUUGAGGCGUGGUACAAGAAUGGUGAGAUAAGUGAGACAAAUGUUUAUCGGACUGAGAAAUGGAAAUAAACAGUGAGUUAAAAUUCAGAGAAGAACCUCAUUAAAAAAGUCAAUUAAUAUUUGAUGAAAAUUUAGCAUUGCUGUUGUACUGGUUUUAUGAUUGGCAUGCAAAGAAACAGGAAUUUAAUAAUUGAUUGUUCAGAUUAGUCAGGUUUAAAGCACAUUCAAAAUUAACACUUUAAAAGUGUUAUAUGAUGUGAUGAUAAUUCAGAUUUUGAACUAGAUUUGAAAAUUUCCCAUUAAAACAUCUGCCAUAUCUUCCAUGCAAGUUAACUUUAAAGAAAGAAACACACUAAUUGUUCAAAAAAAAUUCAGAUACAGGACAUCCUGAAGCAGUCGUGAUUAGUGGGAUUUUGCCAAGGAUAAAUGAGUGCUUUGUUUCAGUAUUCUGUCUUGUUGGCUUGAGUAGAAUUUACAUGAAGUGGAGGCUUUGGGCAGGAGAUGACACUAUCUACAGAAAGAACAAAAACACGGGACUUGUCAGAGUGCUGCAUCAUGAUGGAUCCAAAUCAUUGACACAUCACAGUCUAAAUCAUAUCAAUAUGAAAAGAAAUCUAAGUCUGUGACGGAUACUGUACUUUGAACUCAUGCUUUCCAUUGAAGUGAAGCUCUAUCUUUUCUUUAGAUGAAAUAAUAAUUUGAAAUUAUGUUUAGUUUUCUUGCUUGAAUGCAGAUCAAUGAAUAUUUUCCAGUUAUCAUUAACUUAUCUACCCACCUUUUGUCUAGUCUGAAUCCACCUCCACCAUUACCGGUAAUGUGAUGUUAAUAAUUGAUUGAGAUUUUUUUCACAGAAUAGUUUAAAUUUUUAAUCAGGCAGCAGAGUACAAAAGAUAAAGGAAUUAUUAAGAUUUCUGUUACGAAUGUUGUUCUGAUUUGAAGUUAAUGUUUUGCCAGAUUCUCAAAUGAGCACUCAAAAUGCUCAACUGAAAAUACUCAAGCUAACCAGGUAUGAUGCCACAAUGCACAUAGUUGUGCAUACAAUUUUUAUAAUGUAUUAUAUCUGAUCAUAAGAUUUACCAAUUACAGGACCUCCUGAAUGUUUUAAGUCCAUUUCCUUUCAAUUAAAAAGUAUUAAGGAUAACCCCAUCCCGCAGUCUCUCCCCAAGGAAAAUAUUUUUGAGUUGUAAAAUAGAAUUGAUUAUUUUGUAUAAAGUAUUAAGAUGAAAGUAGAACAAAAAUGAGUUGGAUCGUUUCCCUGAGGUAAAUUUCCUCCAAAAUAUAAUCUAGUUUGUUAUAUUCAUGGGGCUUGUUGCAAACCAGUUAAAUGUGUAAUAUAUGAAAUGUUUAACAAUAAAACAUUUCAAAAUGGAGUCUUUAUAUUGUGAAAUCAAUUCUAAAUGGUCAUAGACGUUCUCAUGUUGUUCGCACUCUUAUUCAAAGAUAAAAAGGAGCAAUUUCUAAAAUGACUGUAUCAUUAUUCAAAUUUGGAGAGGCUUUGAAUAAGCAUGCUGAAUUUAAGACGCUUUGGCAACACUGAUCUAUGUCAGUGCAAUUUUAGGCAUUUAAUAUUGAGAGGAAAGUUUGCAUUUAUAUGACAUCUCUCAAGACUUGGGGACCAUGCAAAGCUCUUUCAGACAUUUUAAUUGUCAUUAUUGUAAUAUGGGACAGAGAGGAAAAGAGAUAAUUAAGCCAUAUUUGACAUAUUUGCCAUUGAAAUGACAUGGCCCAAAAUGGGCAGUAAUUUUUUUUGCCUUAUAUUGUGCUAGAAAUAUACUUAUAUAUUGACGGUAUUUGCCAGUCUACUUGGAAUGAAAGUGAAACUCACGGUCUUUCAGUAACUUAUGAAAGUAGCAAAUGCUUCAUGUCUCUGGGGCACUUUUUUGGCAAGUUGCUUCUAAAUUAGUUUAUUGGAGGGGAGUGCCUCCUUGCAUUGUAACAACAUAAUCACCGACUCAUCACAGAGCUCUGGGAAACUUGCCUAUGUUUAUAAUAAACAAACUCUAUCAAUGCACCACAUCCUGUCUUUCACACUCCAGGUAACACACUUCCUGUGUUAUGUGUGAAUUCAUCAGGGUACCUGCCCUGGCUGGUUUAAAUUUUGCUUUCACGUAACAAAGUCGAAUUAUUAUAGAACAGGGUGAUACCAUACCAAAUGAAUUAUGCGUUUGCUGAACUAGCAGUAAAAACUAAAGAUUUACAAUGAUAAUCAAUGCUAAAUCAACAAUGAUCAACAAAGGAAUGGAAAAAGUGAAAAAAAUUAAACUGACAAAAAUAAUUCAUGGAAACCUCUGAUCCUGCCAGAAAAAGCGACUCAAAAUAUGACUUGUAGUAUUAUAAUUAUCUUAUCUAUAAGAUUGUCCUAGUGAACUUUAAUUAAUGCUUUUUUAUAUAGUGAACAUAGCUUUUGUCCAAAUUCUAGGUUUAUGAUUGACAAUUUCUCCCACAAAUAGCAGAAUUUCAUCUGAAGAGUUAAUCUAAAAGUAUCUGAUAAACAGCCUGCAGUGGGUCCAGCAACGUGACUCUCCUUAUCAAGUGUAUUUUCUCAGAGUUUCUGUUCCAACAUUUCUUCAUUUGCAUUUAAAAAUAAUUUCAGAGUAAGUUGGAUAAAGCACUUCCAUGUUCUUGAGAUAAAAAGCGUUCAUAGAUAUUCUAUUUAGCUCAAGGUGAGGAGACAGUCUGAGAGAGAAUGUAUAGAGGCAAAGGUUUAAUUAACACCUGUGCUCUGUUUUGUGUACGCAAAUUAAAAAUUACUGUUAUUUAAAGAUACUGAGUAUGUGAAAAAAGUAAUUGCAUUAACAACAAUAUUUCCUCGGUGCUAAAUUGCAAUUGGAUUCCUCACUUUUGCUUUCAACAAGUAUGAAAGAACAAAUUUUGGUUUACAGGUGUAUCUGAAAAUACUGUUACUUAUAUUUGUCCAUGCAUGGGAAUUUCUGGAUAUUGGGAGUAUCUUUCUAUUCAGUUGAACAUUCCAGCUGUGCUUAUUAAAUAGGCUACUGUUUCAAACUUUAAAUCAGAAAAUUGGAUGAUUGAAGAUAUAUUAAAUUUGGAUUUUCAGAUAAAGUUCAGAGAAUGGUCGAUGUGUUGCAGAGAGAAGGGAAGGGAGGGAGAAUCCUCUCGUGCUUUCAUUUGUUGACACUGAGAGUUCCAAAGCAUUGGUUAAUUAAAAAUAUUUGCUGAUUGAUAUUUGCUAUGAAAGAAAAUGUUUUUUUUAUUAGCAAGUGUAUUCCACACUGCCUUUGGAAACCCUCUCCAUGUCUCCCAGUGCCCAGGACUCAUCCUUGCCUAAUUCCACAUAAAAAAGUUUCACCACACUCUUCCCUUACCUGUUACUGCCUAUUCUACUGCCAAAACACCAAGGGGUCAAAAGAAUCCCCUGUGCAGAAUCAGAAUGUUGCAUACCUACUAUUCUUAUCAAACUUCAGAUCUUCUCUACACAGUGGGGCAAAGUCACACUUAGAAGGAAUGAACUUGCAUUUAUAUAAUGCCUAUCAGUGCUUUGGGAUGACCCAAGGUGAUUUAUAGCUGAUGAAGUACUUUUGGUUCCCUUUGGGAAAUGCAGCACUAACUUGCAGAUCCUUUGGAGUUGAGAUGAAGAGAGAAAGAGUUGACAUGCAGCCUUUUCAACUUUUUAUUGCUCUGGGACAAUGGUGAGGCUGACCAGUGUAGUGUGUGGUGGGAUGGAGCCCAGGACAUUGGAGUCAAGGAUAGAGUCUCGGAUGAGUUUUUCGUUGUAGUGCUCCUUUCAGUGGGUGCAUUCUGCCUCCCUAUCAUUGACAACUACUCCUCUGAUCAGUGGGAUGUUUGGGCUGUAGACAGCUUUGAAAGCGGUGAAGAAGCCAUAUAUGUUAUGAUUAUUGAUGAGUUGCUGGACCUCCCACCAUCUGUUCUCUAGGCCAUAGGUUUUCUGUUAAAUCUCACCCAUGUAGAGCUGCUCUUUCUCCUUGAGUUCUGGUGGGAUUUUCAGUCCUUUGUGCUUGAGGUGAAGUAACUCCAGGAUUUCCUGGUUGUUCUUAUGAAACUAGCCCUUACAGAUUUUGGUGGAGAAUCCAAGAGUUUCUUCACAGGCUCUAAUUACAAUGAGGAUCAGUGCAGUCCAGAUGUUCCAGAUUGCUCUGCCAUUCCUGAUGGUUUAGAGUUCCCAAGUUGUCUGUGAGCUGUUGUCUGAGAAGAGCUCUGUUUGUGGGGUCCUUCAGAAUUUCAACGUUGAUUUUCUUUUGGUGCUGGUGAUUUAGAGUUGGGCUGAUGGAAAGCAGAUUAAGCAUUGAUCAUUGGUACCUGUCAUGAUGCAGUGAUAUGGACAUCCUUGAGGAUAUUGCUCCGAUAACAUCUGGAUCAGAUGUGUUGCUACAAGGUGUAAGGUGUUGUUGACAAAAAAUAGAUGUUCAUCAUGACAAGAUCAUAUUUGAAGCAUUUUGCUUGGAAGAGAAUUCCACUAGAGUUAGCUUUUUCUAUUACCUCCUUGCCGAUCAUGCCUUUCCAAGGUUUGUGUCUUUUCUGACCCUAGCAUUGAACCUGCCAGGGAGGCACAGGUUGACCCCUCUGCGAUGUGUGGCAAGGUUUUAACCAAGGUCAGAAUAGAAGUUAUUUUUGGCCUCUUGCGCAACUUCCAGGGUUGAUGACAUAGUUGUAGAAGGCAGAUGUUAUUGUACUGCAAAGAUGGCACUUCAAAUCAGGUAUUUCAAAGACCCUAAUGACCAGCACUCCCUCAGUGUUGUACAGGAUCAUAUCCUUGAAUCUCUAGAAUGGGCCAUGAAUCCUGCAAGGUGCCACUAAAAGGAAUUCUGUGCAACAAGUUCCAUCCUUGAUUGUGAUAGAAUUCCCUGAUUCAGGCAAUCUGAAUAAUGUUGGCACAUGGUGUUGGGGUAGGGUAUCAGUAUCUUCCUGCAGCUCUGCAUAAUGACGAAAGGCUGCAUGAAUAAUGACUUACCUUCCAGAUGGGAGGUUGGAAGCAGUUGAAGGGUUCAGCGAGGACAGGAUUGCAGAGGUUUUGCCGAAUUUAACAGGAGGACUUUGUUAGCACUGUUUCGUGCCUAUUAGCCAGUCUCUCAGUAGGCUGAUUGGCUGAGAAAACCAGUGACAGGAAGCUGUUGCUGAAGGCUCACAUCUUGGUGGCAGUUGGCUAUCCCACUGUAGUUGACAUCAGGAAACAAUCCAACCCUCAUUGUCUCUUUUCUAACUGAGGCCAAUUACAAUAUCCAUGUUUUGUUACAAUGGUUGGUAAUGUCAGUGCUUGGAAUUUUCAUGGCCUACAGAGUUUAUCAGUGAAUUUACCAAAUGAGCUGUUGAGAAAUCCCUUUUCUAAUAUCUGAUAAAAUGCCAAGUAUUUGGACACUUAACCUACCCCUAAUAAGGACAGGUUCUGAGUAUUUUAUAUCAGAACAGUGCUGCAAAGGAACAUUGAAAGUAGUUCAAUAAUCCUUGCUUAACGUUCUUCCCUGGCAAGGCACUCCGUGUAAGUUAACACUGACAGGGAUAAUAAUGCAUACAACUGUUUCCUUUGUUAGCACCAUUUACACAACAGUGAUUGAGUAAAGAUAAAAAAAUCAACAAAUUCUCCAUUCAACAUAAAAAAAUUAACAAAAAAAUAUGGUUAUCAUUUAAGAAAAAUAGAUCUACUUUAAUAUUAAUACUUUAAUAAUAAUAGAUCUUUUGUCUGCUUUCAGUAUUAUAGAUCAUUAUUUUUUAAGAAAGCUUUUUAUUCGGUAUGAUUUGAAGUUUGGUGUGUGAAAUGAAUUUGAAGUAGGAUGGGAUACUUUGCUGACCACUUGAUACCUUGGAUAAAUAGAUUUCCAAAGGAGGUUUGGCCUUUGUAUUAUACUGUAUGCCAAAUGCACAUUUUUAAAGACACUUACGAGUUGUUUAUAUUUCAAUGACUAUUUUGUUUUUAUUCUCUUGUAUUUCAUUGAAAUCUCACAUUAUUGCAUUCACGAUUCUUUUUAUCUUUGUCAAGUGUUUCACAUGACAGUGCAGACAAUCCAUAGAUCCAGUGUUGCUGGACAGCACAAGUUAUAUAUGAGGUUAUCCAGCUGAAAGUAUUAGUUAUAUUGGUUGUUCUGAAAUGGACAAUAAAUCGAACUCAAGAUAUGGUGAAGAACUUUAUCAUUUUUAUGGCGCCAUCCAAUUGAUUCAGCAACAUGAAAGUUCCAUGUUCAAUAUUUUUGACCUGCCAGAUGAAGAAAUUAUCUUCCAUUCUCCAGUAGUCCUGGGCAUUGAUGGAGCACCAAUGGAGAGAAUUGGACAUGAACUGUUUGAUGAAGCAUGUUAAGUCCUGACAACUCUGUUGUCUAUUUUAAGGUGUUAAACCCUAGACCUUGAUUAGACAGUGAUAUACUAGGGGUGCAACAUCAGUACAUUCCAGUAUUGAUUGGCUUAACUAAAAUGUCAUUAACUAAAAGAUCCAGUUAAGAGUGGAAUGCCGAGUGGUAUUUAAUAAUAACUUCCACUCUGGUUGUUCAUUUGGCAGAAUCAUGGAACUUAUGUUGCCAUAUUAAGUGUUGUCAUUACUGUUGGGAGUUGUGGAACCUGCAAUAGUGUCAGUGUCACAAGAGAUUACUGCUACUUGAUUGACUCUGUUGAGUAGUCACUUUACACUUAUGCUGACUGACUUACUAAUAAAAUUUUAAAAAAUGCCUGUGAGGAAGGACCCGAAAUAUGAGCUGCUCUCUAUGAACAAACAUUGAAAUUAUUUCCUGUUAAAUCUUCGCUAUAAUUUAAAAUCCACUGUCAGCCAAUGCGAGUUUCAACUACUGUAUUGAUAUACAAGCAGCACAGUAAAGAAUCUUGAGGAUUUCUGCAAUCUCAAUGAAUAGAUGGCAAAUGUUCUUUAUUGAUAA